AUGUUUGAAGGAGAGUUAGAUGAUGCUUUUGACGUUUUUGAGGGAAAAGUUCCAAAAAGCUUAAAGAAAGACGUAGACAGCCCUAAGGGAGAAAAUGGCAAACAGUCAUCUUCUAAUGAUAAUCAGUCUGUUGAUGCUGUAAAAGGAAGCAAUAAGCGACAGGAUUCUGAAGCAAAACAGUCGGAUGUUAAGCGUAAGAAGAUUGAGGAAUCUAUAGCUGCUCCUUGGACCAGAUCGAACGAGCCUGUUGCAGGUGCUAAUAAGGGUGAAGGAGUAGUAAACGAGAUUGUUGAUGCCUCAGAAGAGAUCCCUGUUUCUUCCGAGAAUGGGACAGAGGAUGGCAAGCCUCCUGCUGAUGCAUUGGUUACCGAUUCUUUUGAGCAGGAAGCUUCUUUGAAGGUUGCUGGUGAUGUUGGCAUGGCUGAAGCUAAAUCGGAAUCUGAUCAUGUUGUCGAGCUUCGCCAUCAAGUCCGUCACCAAGUGUCGUUGCCUCCAAAUUACAACUACGUACCUAUAUCUCAACACAAAAGCCCGGAUCCACCAGCUCGAACAUACCCUUUUACCCUUGAUCCUUUCCAAGCAGUUUCCAUUGCUUCGAUUGAACGUCAAGAGAGUGUUUUGGUUAGUGCUCACACAUCUGCCGGUAAAACUGUUGUUGCUGAGUACGCUGUUGCUCAGUCGCUUCGUGAUAAGCAAAGAGUCAUCUACACCAGUCCCAUCAAAGCUCUGAGUAAUCAAAAAUACAGAGAGCUCUUAGCAGAAUUUGGCGAUGUUGGUCUAAUGACCGGUGAUGUUACUAUCAAUCCAGACGCUACCUGCUUGGUAAUGACCACCGAAAUUCUUCGUUCAAUGCUUUACCGUGGCUCUGAGGUAAUGCGUGAAGUUGCUUGGGUUAUUUUUGAUGAAAUUCAUUAUAUGCGUGACAAGGAACGUGGUGUUGUAUGGGAAGAAACUAUUAUAUUAUUGCCUGAUCAGGCUCAUUUCGUUUUCCUUUCUGCAACUAUUCCCAAUGCCAUGCAAUUCGCGGAAUGGAUCACUAAAAUUCAUCGUCAACCCUGUCACGUUGUUUAUACGGAUUUUCGACCAACACCUUUACAGCACUAUUUGUUUCCCAGCGGUGGUGAUGGAAUACAUUUAGUAGUUGAUGAAAAGAGCGUUUUUCGUGAAGAAAAUUUCCAAAGAGCAAUGACUGCUUUGGUUGAAAAACAGGGUGAUGACCCAGCUGCUGUUGUCUCCAAGAAAAAUGCUAAAAAGGGAAAAACUGGCAAAGGAGGUGUUAAAGGUCCUUCUGACAUCUACAAAAUUGUCAAAAUGAUUAUGCUGAAGAACUAUAAUCCGGUCAUUGUUUUCAGUUUUAGCAAGCGUGAUUGUGAAGCUUUAGCUUUGCAAAUGUCCAAGCUAGAUAUGAACGAUGAAACUGAGCGUGAUCUCGUUACCACUAUUUUUAAAAAUGCUAUUAAUCAGUUAUCCGAAAAGGAUCGUGAUUUACCUCAAAUCGAGCAUAUCUUGCCUCUGCUUCGUCGCGGUAUCGGCAUUCACCACUCUGGUUUGCUUCCAAUUUUGAAGGAAGUUAUUGAAAUUUUGUUUCAGGAAGGUUUAAUUAAGGUGUUGUUUGCUACCGAGACGUUUUCCAUUGGACUUAACAUGCCUGCGAAAACUGUCGUUUUCACUAACGUUAGAAAGUUUGAUGGAAAGAGCUUCCGUUGGAUUUCAGGUGGUGAAUACAUUCAAAUGAGUGGUAGAGCUGGUCGUCGUGGUUUGGAUGACCGUGGUGUUGUAAUUUUAAUGAUUGACGAAAAAAUGGAACCACCUGUGGCUAUGACAAUGCUUAAAGGUGAAGCGGACCGUCUAGAUUCUGCUUUCCACCUGAGUUACAACAUGAUUUUGAACUUGCUGCGUGUUGAAGGUAUUUCUCCUGAGUUUAUGCUCGAACGUUGCUUUUUCCAAUUUCAGAACAGUAUGGAAGUUCCCAAAAUGGAAGAAAACUUGGAAAAUCUUCAACAACAAUAUGACAAUACGUCCAUUCCUGAUGAGCGAGCAUUAGAGGAUUAUCACACAAUUCAGCUUCAACUGAAAAAGUACCGAGACGAUGUUAGAACGGUCAUUAAUCAUCCUAACUUUUGCCUUUCAUUUUUGCAAAGCGGCCGACUUGUAGCCAUAAAUUACAAAGAUGAAGAUUUUGGCUGGGGUGCUGUUGUAAGUGUAUCAAAGAGACCUCUUCCCAAGGGUGAAACCAAGGAGUAUGUUCCUCAAGAGUCUUAUGUACUAGACGUAAUAGUGAAAGUUCCUUCGGAUAGUGAACGCCCAAGGAUGAAGAAUGGUCGCUUACCUGAGAUUCAUGCGCCUAAAGGCGACGACAAAGGAAGAUUUGAAGUGGUUCCCGUCCCCUUAUCAGCUUUGAAUGGAAUUGCUCAUAUUCGUGUAUUUUUACCCAAUGACUUGAAAUCUCAAGCUCAGAGAGACACAGUGGGUAAAGCGCUUAGUGAAGUCAAGCGUCGUUUCCCUGAUGGAAUCAGUCUGUUAGAUCCUGUUGAGAAUAUGAACGUCAAGGAUCCGGCCUUUUUGAAGUUGAUGAAAAAAGUGGAUGUUUUGGAGGCUAGAUUGCUGUCGAAUCCUCUUCAUAACUUUGAAGAUUUGAAAGAAAAAUAUGAUCAAUAUCUUGGGAAGCUUUCUAUGCUUGACCAAAUUAAAGAGCUUAAAAAGCAACUUUCAAAAGCUAAAGCUAUUAUGCAGCUGGAUGAAUUAAGUGCUCGCAAAAGGGUUCUCCGCCGCUUAGGAUUCACUUCUUCUGACGACGUUAUAGAAAUGAAAGGUCGUGUUGCAUGCGAAAUUAGUACUGGAGACGGAUUGUUACUUACGGAACUCAUUUUUAACGGUAUUUUCAAUGACUUGAAGCCAGAGCAAUGUGCUGCUCUUCUCAGUUGCGUAGUUUUCCAAGAGAAAAGUGAAGCUGAAAAUCAGCGCAUGAAGGAUGAGCUUGCUGGUCCUCUUCGUAUUUUACAAGAAAUGGCUCGUCGAAUUGCUAAAGUUUCUCAGGAAAGCAAGUUUGAUGUUAAUGAGGAGGAUUAUGUUAACAGUUUCAAGCCAUCAGUAAUGGAGAUUGUGUAUGCUUGGGCUCAUGGAGCUACCUUUGCACAAAUCUGUAAGAUGACUGAUGUCUAUGAAGGUUCCUUGAUUCGUAUGUUUAGGCGUCUGGAAGAACUUCUCCGACAAAUGGGUGAGGCCGCUAAAGUAAUUGGUAAUUCAGGUUUACAAAAGAAGAUGGAAGACACUAUCAGUUGUAUACAUCGUGAUAUUGUUUUUAGUGCUUCUUUGUACUUGUAA